GUCUCAGUGCUCCUUGUCAAAGGCGUUAAAGCGAAAACUCGUAAACCAAGGAAUUACUCUAUGCUGCUGUUAGAAAUGUUGUUGUAUCCGGCAGUGAAGAGGAUUUGGGAGAGCGUUGUAACGAUACCCUGGCUGGAGCAGAGAUGUUCCAUUUGCUGCUCUCCUUUCCAACGGGAACCGUCCGGUAGGUGGUGGUGUCGCAGGAGUUGCUGGUGCCGGAAGUGAGCUGGGCCUGGACGGUCCGGGGGCCGCUCGGCGAUGGACCGGUUCGUGUGGGUGAGCGGCCUGCUAGAGAUUAACGAGACCCUGGUGAUACAGCAGCGCGGAGUCCGAUUAUACGACGGCGACGAAAAGACGAAAUUUGACUUGGGAACUCUUCUUCUAAGCACACACAGAUUACUUUGGAGAGACCAAAAAAGAUCUGAAUGUUGCAUCGCGUUACCUCUCUCACAGAUUAUUUUCUUUGAAGAACAAGCAGCUGGAAUAGGAAAAAGUGCUAAAAUAAUAGUUCAUCUUCAACCAGUUCCUCCCAACAAAGAGCCUGGUCCAUAUCAGAGCAGCAAGUACUCUUUCAUCAAACUAUCCUUCAGGGAACAUGGACAGAUUGAGUUUUACAGGCGACUAUCAGAAGAACUAUCUCAGAAGCGAUGGGAGAGUAUUUCUGUAUCUCAGCCAAUGCAGUCAGCUAGUAGAUCACAAGCAGGAAAAGUAAGGGCUGCAGGAAUUGUGGGUAUUGAAAGGAAGCUGGAAGAAAAACGAAAGGAGACCGACAAAAACAUCUCUGAAGCUUUUGAAGACCUCAAUAAAUUAAUGAAAAAGGCCAAAGAGAUGGUUGACUUGUCAAAGUUAAUAGCAAAUAAAAUCAAGGACAAGCAGGGUGACAUUUCUGAGGAUGAGACUAUCCGUUUCAAAUCCUACCUACUGAGCAUGGGAAUAGCUAAUCCAGUUACUAGAGAAACGCAUGGAUCUGGAACACAUUAUCAUAUGCAACUGGCUAAACAACUGGCAGGAAUGUUGCAAGCUCCAUUAGAGGAACAAGGUGGAAUGAUGGCACUGACAGAGGUCUACUGUUUGACAAACCGCGCUCGAGGAAUGGAGCUUCUCUCACCAGAAGAUUUAGUGAAUGCUUGCAAAAUGUUUGAGGCACUGAAGUUACCAAUGAGAUUGCGUGUGUUUGAUAGUGGAGUAAUGGUGGUUCAACUACAGUCCCAUAAUGAAGAUGAAAUGAUUGCAUCAGCACUGGAGACUGUAUCAGAGAAAGGUUUCCUUAGUUCUGAAGAGUAUGCUAAACGUGGUAUUUCAGUACUACUGGCCAAAGAAAGACUACUGCUAGCAGAGAAGUUUGGACACCUUUGUCGCGAUGAUUCUGUUGAAAGCCUGCGAUUUUAUCCAAAUUUGUUUUUGACACAAGACUGAAAAUUCGCCAGUGAAAAUCUGAGCAGUAUUUUGCUUGGACCCGGUGACUGCUGUGUAUGACAGAUUGCUGAACAUUGCAAGUUUAAAUUCAGACACUUCCAAAAUCAUUGUCAUGGAAAAGAUACAACCAAUGGGAGCUAAAGAACAUGCAGGACUCUGUAUAUGUGAACAAAGCAUAAACAAGUGCUUACAAGUUUCAUCAGUUAUCUAUCUCAUGUUUUUCCAAAUGGUUUUAUCUGGGUGCAAAUCUGAUGAAGCAGUAUUAAUAAAGUGAAGGUAAAUCUUAUGACAUAGGACUUCCACAAGUUUGAAUUGUUAACAUCCUGCACGUAAAGGGUUUUUCUAUUACGCGUUUAUAAUAAAGAAAUGUCCUUUUUUUUUUAAGUUCUAGAAGUAACCAGUUUCAAAGGUUUGGUUUGGUAUUUCUGACUUCAUCUGUAGGAGUUUACAUAGUUUUUUUUAUGAUCUCACUAUUGACAAAGCACUAUUUUGCCUUUUCAUUUUUCUCUCAGGUUAUUGUGUUUUCCCCUUUAUUUAAUUCUGGCUUAUCCGUUUAUUGCUUUUACUUUCUGUUCUGUCUUUAAUUUUUUUUGUUUCAUUUUCUUCUUCACAGCUUUUAUUUUUUCUUUGCAUGUGGUGAGGAAAAAUAUCAAAAGAAAGCCAAGAUUUAGUUAAAAUGGAAGUCAUAGGGGCAUAUGAAUCAUUUGGGCUUUGGAAGAAAUGUGCGAGAGACCUGCAAUCAAAGGAAGGGGAGGACCUUGACAGAAAGGAAAUGUAAGCGAUGUGUCCAAUUCACUGGGGAUAGGGAGGGGUUGAAUGAAGAAAGGCAAACAGAUGGAGAAGCAGGACGUGGCCAAGACUGAGUGUUAGAGAAGUCCAGAUCCAGCAAAGGAUCUGAUGAAUUUCUCUUCCUAAAAUCCUGGGUAAUGUCAUUGUUAAACCUUUACACAAUAAAUAUAAAACUGGUUUGUUGCAAUCUUGUAUUAUGUGAGUAAGAUUCCAAACCGGCCAAACACUAUGGAUUUUAGGGAAUAGAAUGGGAUAUAUUAAACACAUAUGAUCAUAAUAAAUUUUUGUUAUUUAAAGUUAGCUGGUGAGCUUUUCUAAAUGGUGCGAUUGCUCUUUUAGUGCUAAGUUAUAAGAGUUUGGUGCUUGAAUUCCUUUUUUUAGCUUCACCUGAUCAGUGACUGAUCAGUUCUUUACUAUUCUGACAAAUAGGAACAAGUUCGAAAAGCUGUUGGAGAUGGCCCAGUGGGUUAUUUAAGUUGUAAGAGUCUGAUGCAUGGAUAAAGCUAAAUUCUGGUUCAGUAGGAUUAGGUAGGUAAAUUAAGUCAAAGGGAUAUUGUACUGCCUGUGAAAUGCAUUUUAAAUUGCAGCCUAGGGCUACAUGUAAGCCCUUUGAAUAGGAGCAGUUAGUUUUCGAAGACCAGGCAUUUUGGUCUCUUAUUUUUUUUUAAUUUGCAUGGUUCUGAUUUUGUGAACCUGCAGCUUUUGCAAGGAGCUACAUUUAGUACUCUGUUGUACAUCAGAGCAUCAAGAUCUACAAAUUACUUUUGAGAGCAAGUUAAAAUGUACAUUAUGUUAUUGGGACCUCAAUUUAAUUAUAAAUGACCAAGUUUCCAUAUCACUUAGCCAUAUUACCAUUGAAAAGUUUGAACAGCUUUAUUAGAUGUAAUUUACUCCAUCCAUGCUCCUGACAGGAACCAUGCUGCUCAUAGUGCAGAAUUCAACUCAGUGAGGACAUACUGUCCGUGAGUUUUCAACCAAACCAUCAGUGGCCAGUAUAGCAGGAAAUUCUCAUACUUGCUAUGCAAACACAAAUUUGAACUUCUUGUGCUUUAUACUGCCUCCAGCACUCCCAUUUUGCUAUGAUGCAUUGUAUUUAUUGUGAACAAAAUGGAUGACAUGUUUUGAUAUCUGCAAAUUAAUUAAGAUGCGGCAGUUUAAUUUCAGACAAUAAAGGCGAUUGCUGCUAUGGAAACAAAAAUUAACAGCACGUCAUUUAACUCAUCUUGGGAUUAUGUUUUCUUGGGGUGGUCAGAGUGAAGACAGUGUUUUAAGCUCCAUGAAAUAAAGAUGUCUAUUUAUCUCCA